AUGGCAACUGCAGCGAUAAAUUCCAAACAAUGUUUUAUAUGUAAAAAAGAGAAAUCCAACUUAUACCCAUGUGGAGGCUGCUCAGAAAAUUUUUGUUCGCAAGAUUUACCAAAACAUCAUCAAGAACAUGUAUUAGAACUAGAAAAAAUUGUCACUGAUUGUGAUGCAUUCCAACAAACUAUUAGUGAGCAACAGCAAGAUCUC